AUGCUUUCUCUUACAAAAAGUAAUUUCUUUAUGGAGAAAGGAUUUGUUAAAUGUGGUUCUGUAAUUAAUUAUUUCAAAACAAGUAAAUUAUAUGCAAGUAAAAGUAGUAAUACUGCUAAAAAUAUUGUAUACAUUGAUGGUGUGAGAACACCAUUUUUACAAGCUGGAACAAGUUAUAAAAAUUUGAUUUCAUAUGAUCUUGCUAAACAGUCAUUGGUGGCCUUGCAGAGAAAAAUUAAAUUUCCUAAAGAAAUUGUAGAAUAUAUUGUUUAUGGAACAGUAUUGCAAGAAGUAAGAACUUCAAAUAUUGCUAGAGAAGCAGCUGUGGGAGCAGGAUAUAGUAAUCGUAUUCCUGCACAUACUGUAACUAUGGCAUGCAUCAGUAGUAACCAAGCUCUUACAACUGGGAUAGGUUUGAUUGCAUGUGGUGUAUAUGAUGUAAUCAUUGCGGGUGGAGUAGAAUUCAUGUCAGAUAUACCAAUUAGACAUAGCAGACAAAUGAGAUCACUGAUGUUACAAAGUAAUAGAGCAAAAACAAUUAGGAACAAGUUAGCACUUCUCGCUAACGUUAGACCGGCACAUUUUAUACCAGAUUUACCUGCAGUAGCAGAAUUUACUAGUAAUGAAACAAUGGGACAUAGCAGUGAUAGAUUAGCAGCUGCAUUUGGAGUAUCAAGAAAAGAACAGGAUGAGUAUGCUUUACGAUCACAUACUUUAGCUGCUAAAGCACAACAACAAGGUUAUCUUACCGAUGUAGUUCCCUAUAAAGUUCCAAAUGUAAGUGAGGUAGUAAACAAAGACAAUGGAAUUCGUGUUGGAACACUAGAGCAAUUAGGAAAACUAAAACCAGCAUUUGUUAAGCCGUAUGGAACAGUUACUGCUGCAAAUUCUUCUUUCUUGACUGAUGGAGCAUCAGCUGCUUUAAUAAUGACAGAAGAAAAAGCCCUUCAACUUGGUCUUACUCCAAAAGCAUAUCUAAGAAAUUUCAUUUAUGUCUCUCAGGAUCCUAUCGAUCAAUUGCUCUUAGGACCAACUUAUGCUAUACCACAGAUAUUACAAAGAGCAAAAUUAAAUGUUAAAGACAUUGGAGUAUGGGAAAUACAUGAAGCUUUUGCUAGCCAAAUUAUAGCCAAUUUAAAAGCAUUAGAUUCUGAUUGGUUUGCACAAAAUUAUUUAGGAAGAUCAUCAAAAGUAGGAAUACCAAAUCUCGAUAAGUGGAAUGCAUGGGGUGGAUCUUUGUCAAUUGGUCAUCCAUUUGCUGCAACUGGAAUUCGAUUAGCUACACAUACUGCUAAUCGACUUAUUAAAGAAGAUCAACAAUUUGGCUUAAUUGCAGCUUGUGCAGCUGGAGGACAGGGUGUAGGUAUGAUUAUGGAAAGAUACCCUUCUGCUAAGGUUUAAGAGAACCUAAUAUUAGAAAUAAGUAAAUACUUCAAAAGAAAU